UUUCUAAAGAAUAUCGUGAAUUGAUUAGAAUUCUUUUGAAAGUUUUGAAAUAUUAUAUACGGAUCUACGAUGAUACACCGAAGAAGUGACAUGUAAUAAUAUCCACAUACAUAUAUUGCAGUUUCAACACCAUCACAUCACACAAUACACAAGCAGAAACCGAUUUGAGCCUUCGAAUUUAAACAGAAAGGGUCCCAAAACCUAAACCCUAAUUUGAGGCGCGAACGAUUAUGGCGUCAGAGAACGCUUCUCGAUCGAGUUCUACGGCCGAUUCCUACAUUGGAAGCUUGAUAAGUUUAACAUCCAGGAGUGAGAUCAGAUACGAAGGAAUCCUCUACAAUAUCAACACCGAAGAGUCCAGUAUUGGUCUCAGAAACGUGCGAUCUUUUGGAACAGAAGGAAGGAAGAAGGAUGGUCCACAAGUUCCUCCAGGCGACAAGGUUUAUGAGUAUAUACUUUUUCGUGGGAGUGACAUCAAGGAUUUACAGGUUAAAUCUUCUCCACCUGCCCAUCCUACUCCACAAGUCAACAAUGACCCGGCUAUUAUCCAGUCUCAUUAUCCUCACCAAGCUGCCACAUCUACAAGUUUGCCUUCUGGUGUGAGUGGGUCUUUGACUGAUCUCAGUUCUCAUACUACACAGCCCGGACAUCCUGGGUCAAGUUUUCAAGGUCCCUUACCUUUGUAUCAACCUGGAGGUAGCAUAGGGUCAUGGGGAGCUUCUCCACCUGCUCCAAAUGCUAAUAGUGGUGGGCUUGCUAUGCCAAUGUAUUGGCAAGGAUAUUAUGGUGCCCCCUCAAAUGGGCUUCCUCAUUUGCACCAACAAUCUUUGCUUCGACCGCCACCUGGUUUAUCAAUGCCUUCAUCCAUGCAGCAGCCUAUGCAGUAUCCCAAUUAUAGUCUCUCAUUACCGGCUGUAUCUUCUAAUUUGCCGGAACUGCCAUCAUCUUUGCUACCUUUGAGUACAAGUACACCUAGUGUAACAUCUUCAUCUUUACCUAUAUCAAAUUUUCCUCCUGCACCGUCUGCCUUGGCUCCUGCACCUUCUGCCUUGGCUCCUGCACCACCUUCUGCUUUGUCUCCUGCACCUUCUGCCCUGUCUCCUGCACCUUCUGCUACACUAGCUUCUGAAAUAUUUCCUGUUUCAGUAAAUAGCAAAGCACCAAAUGCGUCAACUUCAACUGUAGCACUAGCUGCUAGCUUACCAUCCAUGACUCAGUUGACCCAUUCUGGUCCAGAUCUAAAUGCUGUACAGCAACCAAUAUCCAGCAAAACUAAUACUGUUUCAAAUUCAAGUUUACCAUAUCAAACUGUAUCCCAGUUUUCACCUGCAAUUGUUGGAUCAUCAAAUUCCAUCCGUACAGAGACAUCAGGCCCUACUCUGGUAACUCCAGGUCAAUUAUUACAGUAUGGACCAACUACAGUUUCUUCUGCUCAACCUUCACAAACACCUCAUAAGGAUGUUGAAGUUGUUCAAGUAUCAUCGACAUCAUCUCCUGAGCAAUCCCUGACAGUUUCUACUGAAACUAAACCACCAAUACUGCCAUUGCCAGUAACUUCUGGGCCCAGUCACAGGCCUGGUGGAGGUCCUAUGCAAAAUCAUCAUCAUGGCUAUAGUUACAGAGGACGCGGAAGAGGAAGAGGAACCGGGGGUUUUCGCCCGGUCACAAAAUUCACUGAGGAUUUUGAUUUCAUGGCAAUGAACGAGAAGUUCAAAAAAGAUGAAGUAUGGGGUCAUCUUGGUAAGAGUAACAAAUCUAAUUCAGUAGAUAAAGAUAGGGAAGAAAAUGCCUUUGAUGAAGAUUACAGUCAAGAUGAAGAUAAUGACGAUUUAUCAAAUAUUGAGGUUAAUAAGUCUGUUUAUAACAAGGAUGAUUUCUUUGACUCACUCUCGUCCAGUGUGCUUGAUAAUGCUUCACAGAAUGGAAGAACUAGAUAUUCUGAACAAAUUAAAAUUGAUACUGAGACGUUUGGUGAUUUUGCAAGGUACCGUGGUGGUCGGGGUGGCCGUGGUCCUGGCCGUGGUGGACGUACUCGAGGUGGUUAUUAUGGAAGAGGAGGAGGAUAUGGCUAUUCUGGAAGAGGAGGGUAUGGUUAUUCUGGAAGAGGAGGAGGAUAUGGCUAUUCUGAAAGAGGAAGGGGACGUGGCAUGCCCCAUCAUAGUUCUUAGGUUGUAGAUAUGAUUUUUCAAGUCUUUCAGGAGAACAAGAACUGAGGGAGACCAUGCUACCGUGUUGUGUUUUAUGUUUCAUUUUCAUAGAAUAAGUUGGACAUUAUUUUUAUCAUCACCGUACUUACCAGUUACUACCUGAUUAAUCCUUUACCAAAAGGACAGUUUGCUGAAAAGGUGUUUGUUCUUCGGACACCAUUUUAAUUUAGUUAUACACCAAUGUGACAGAAUUUUACAUCGAUAUAUUGCUGGAUAUUAUACAUGCAAAAAAAUUAGUCGAUUGUACAUUCUGACCUGUUUAUCAGUAUUAUUUGCAGUUUAGUUUCAA